AUGGCGAUGGAUAUGCAGGAGGGGAGGGAGGGACCGGAAAACGCACCAAAGAACUACCGACGGAACGGGAAGUGGACCGUGUACAGCAGCUCCGGCCGCGGGGCCCCGCUCCAACCCAGAGAUCCCAACCAGGCCCUCUCCAAGAAGGCGCAGGCUAGGAGAGAUAAGGAGUACGAACUAGGGACAAAGAUUCAGCGGAUGAUGAAACUCCUUAAGCUGAAGGAUGUAUUGCAACCCGCCGCCGGAGAAGAUGAGGUGAGCAACGAGGUUUGGGCUGAGGGGGCGAUGGAGAGCGUGGAGACCCUGAGGCAGGCGCUGGACGAGGGGGAGAAGGCUAAGCAGGAGCUAGUGCUCGACAACCUUAGCCUGGUGGACAUCAUCGUCAAGAACUACGUGGGAACCUUCGCCUACGGCAGGUUCACGGAGAAGGACCUCACCCAGGACGCCACCGUCGGGCUCAUCCGGGCGGUGGAGAAAUUCGAUCCUGAGAAGGGGUUCUUCUUCGCCACGUACGGCCGGUGGUGGGUGCGCAAGUACCUCCACGAGGGGGUGCAAAACCACAACCGAAUGGUCAGGAUCCCCAACAGCGCGGCGUACCGGAUCGCUAAGGUGAAGCGUGCGAGAGACGAGCUUGAGGGUGAGCUCGGGCGGGCGCCAACGAAGCCGGAGAUAGCCUUGGAGACCGAUUUAACGGUGCAGCAAGUCGAGGCUUGCCUCGAGCAGGACUCGUUUCGCAUCGAACGGCUAGACGGUUACAUGGGCCACGGUUUCGGCAUGGCGGACACGGUGUUCGCAUCGCACUUCGGAGAGGGGUUUCUGUACGGGUCGGACAUGCUCACGCAUCCAGGGGAGACGCCGGCACCGACCGUGGAAGGGGAAAAGGUUAUCCAGUCGUCGCUGAGGGGUGACCUGUCUAGCGCGUUCGUGCGACUGCUAGACGCGACGGAAAGGGAGUGUCUGGUGCUGCGGUACGGGCUCCACGAUGGAGUCACCAACUCGAUCGAGCAAACGGCUGCGAUCAUGGAUUUCUGCGACCCUGAUGACGUGCGAAUAAUCACGACGCAGGCGAUGGCGAAGCUGAGGGAUGGCUGCCUGCCGGAGGAGCGCAAGAAGCUCAUGUCGUACCUGUCGGUCUACGAGCCGAGCACCCCCAGCUACAGCAAGGGCAAGUACGACCCCAGCAAGAGCAGGCGCAACAAACGCCUCGCCACUGAUAGCAGGGCCAGCACAAGUAGCGCCAUCAGCAACAGCAGCAGGCUCGGCGACGGGGGUGAUGAUUCAACCGCCGCUGACGCUGCCGGCGCCGCCGUCGACCGCGGCGAUGCUAGGACCGCCAGGGAGAGGGACAGCAGCCGUCGGGUGGUUGGGGACUUCUCCAAGAUCGGAAAGCCCGGCUGGAUGAAGCCCAAGGGUAACGAGUCAGGUUCCGCGGGCGCUGGCGGCGCUGGCGGCGGCAGCCGCUUCUUCCGGAGCAAGGAGGAGGAGCGCCGGAUGUGGGCCUCUCGCUUCUCGAAGAUGGAGCAGGAGCACCAGCGGGACGACCGCGCCCGCUCUCGCGGCGUCAGCGGCGGCCGGACGGUGAUGGGAUUCAACCAAGUCCGAGACGAGAAGGGCGAAGAGCAGCGGCGGGAGGAGGAGGAGGAGCGCCAGUUGUGGGGGGGCGGGGGCAGGUCCGGCUAUCCGACGACCGGAGCGGGCCGAAGCACCGGCGACAAGCAGCAGCAGGAUCGGGGGGUGGGUGUUAAUGGUAGCAGCAACGGCGGCGGCGGCGGCAGAGCCGUGGACAACUACAAGGGAGACGAGCGCCGGCCGUGGGACUUCUCGAAGCACGGGCAGGAGGAGCUGCAGCACGAGCUGACGCGGUACCUGAGGAAGCACCGCCUGGCUAAGAAGAACGCGGAGAAGGCGGCCGCCCUUAAGGCGGAGAACCCCGCCGCCGCCGCCCAGGCCGCCGGCGUCGCGGCCCGCACCACCAGAAGAAAAAAGUCUCCGCCACCCACGACGACGGCUCCUCCGGCGGUGGUGGCGGCGGCGGAGACAAAAAACAAUCCCGCCUCCUCGGGGAGAAGUACGGACGGGGCCAGGGCGGCGGCGGUGGCAGCGGCGGAGGCGGCGGCGGAGAGGCGACGAAAACGAGCAAGCGCCACCGGCGGUGCCGCCGCCCCCGGCGGCGGCAGCGGCAGCAGGACCACCAGGCUUAUGGGCCACUACAGCAGCAGCGCCCUCGACCUCGCGCAGCAGGAGAGGGAGGAGCGGUGGCGCGAGCGGCAGGCGGCGGAGGAGGAGUGGGAGAGGGAGCAGGCCGUGCAGCCCCUCCCGGUGGGCAACGGGGCCGGGAGCGUGGUGAUCGGGGAUCUCGAGCCGGUGGCGAACAGCCGCGAGGCCGACCAGCUGGAGCACCUGAGCCGCCUGCUCUGGGAUGGCGAAGAGGAGCCGGCGGACUUCUCUCUGUCCUACGGGAAGAAGCCGAAGAGAGGGGGUCCUCUCGAGUAGCGUGGGUGUGUACCAGUUAGCUGUGGUUGCGGUGUCUCUCGCCUUCGGGAGAGACAGCAUGCGCGACGCCCAUCGUGUAGAGAACUGCCUGUGUGUCUCGCGAGGACCUACCGCAGAUUGUGACAAGGGGCGCAUCCCUUCGUUGGAAGGAGGCCUAUGCAUGUGUGGUCUAUUUGUGCCUCGACCCCCCCGAGGGCAGGCUCCAAUUGACCCCGCUUUUUUACACCUCCAUGUAUUUUUUCCAGGCAGUAGUUGUGUCGCCGGUUGGUCGGUGGGAAAAUAACACACGCGACGACGGCAGUGACAUGACGACAAUCGUUUCGGUCCUGUCACGUUUUGGAGAGGGGUGGCGAAAGGCGAAAGGGGUGGGCAAGGUUGUGGAGAGGGGUGGACGACCGAAGGUGAAAGAAAGAGUUGGGAGGGAAGGUCAGAAAGGAGUUUCCGAACGUGGCGGCCUCCGAUCGAUGUUACUCCAAACAAACGCAGAGGUUGUCGUUUUGAGAAGGGACGAGUGGGAGGUCCGGGCAAUGUAGACAAAGUCGGGGGUUACCAGCACAUGUAUGGGUGCGAUGGCGGGGCUACAGUCUCGGGAGCCGGCUGCUCAUCUCACGCACGGGGACUCAAAUCAACACAAAGUACAUUUCGAGAGUUUUUAGCGAGUAUUGCCGAAGGGUAUUCAUUUGACUGACAUACCCUUGAAGCUCGAGGGGGACGUCUUGUCAUUUCGUUUCGGCAAUGCUUUUCGCGCGUUUUCUUUUUUUUCGGGGGCGAUGGUAGCGGCGCAAGGUGCAUAUCACAAGACACGUAGGGAGCUUCGCUCUAGCCUUUAAUUAAUAUUGCCGACUGCCGCUUUGCAACUAAAACGGUAUCCCCAUCCCUCAGUUUCUUGUGCCAGGGUUGGAGUUGAAAGGGUUAGAGGUUGGGGAGGGAUUAUGCCAGGCGGUGACUGCUUAGAUUCAGAAUGAGCCAAGUUGGGGGGGGGUGAGGGGUCGAUCAUAGAUGGGUAGACUAGAUGGCGGAUGGUUGUGGUUCAUUGGAUUGUGCUGCACUACCGGUGCUGCUGCUGCUGCUUGUUGUUUGUUCAUCUCCUCUCUCUGCUGGUUGAGCAUCCAUCCUCCUCGUCGUGCUCACGUAGUAUUUUUUUUGUUUCCUUUUGCAAGCACCUCAUGCCGUGUGUUUGUUUGGUUUUUUGUGUUUUUGUCCGUUGCAUUUCCUCCGCGAUGCCAGUCAAGGCAGGCAGAGGCAGGCAGCAGGCGGUUAAUAUGCGCGGAUGUAGAACUACUUUGGUCGUAAUGGUCGCUUUGCCCGGGCCCCACCUGCUGUUCCCGUAUUUCGCAGUGCCUUUUAUUUCGUCAUUUUUUUGUUUUUCUUGUUGAUUUGCUCGCCUUCGAUCGAUUGUCCCUGUUUCGCUGCAAACAGCGAUCGGCAGCAGCAGUUUUGAACAUGCAGUUUUUGUGUUUUUGUGGUCGAUUGGUGUAGAGGAGGCCGUGGGCUUGGAUAUAUCGGCCAUAUCGUGUGGGCGGGUGUUGGCAAAGCAUUAUCAUGCCCCAAAUCGUCAGAAUCGUUUACUGCACACCUUACCUCUACUAAGGAGUGGGGGGAUGGCAAGGCGCCUUUAGAAGAUAGGAGUGAUCAGGUUUUGUGAAGAGAAAAAUAUAGAACGGGUCGAGGGUGGUGUUUGGAGCGUUGGGGUAGGGUUGUUUUCUGGUAUUCCUUACGAUGGCUUUGGUUGGGGAUGGCCGAAUUGCUUGUGGUCCACGGACCAUUGAUGUUGCAUUGAAUUGUACUUGGUA